CAUUCGAUUCAAAUUUUAUUUUGCAAGGAUGGUCUCAAUUGACAAGAGUUUUGUCUGUGCUUGGCCUUUUGGUAUUCUGAAAACUAUGCAUUGGUUGAUUCCUUUAAUCAUUGUGAUAUUUACUUUCUAUGCCGAUUACUUCUACAACACAAUUGCAUUUAUUAUUUACAUAAGCUGGAAUUUGCUUCCUAUUUGUCUCAUAAGUUGGUUUUGUUAUCUUUUUGGCCUUCAAAAGAUUGAUGUGCACUUUGGGGGUGGAUUUGCAUUUAUUCCUUUUGCUCUUAUUGAUACUAUCGUCGCAUGCAUUGGCACUGUAGCCUACGGAAUUGGUUCAAUUAUAGGCGCUAUAGCUGUCUUAAGUUCAUUUCGUUAUAGUGGCGGUGUCAUUUUUGCUUAUAUUUUUGCUACGGUUCUCUGUUUGUUGGCAUUCUUCGCUUUUGCUUACUUCGUCAUUCUAAUUUACCGGGCAAUUCCAAAUGGACAAUACCGAUAUCUUUUUUCGAUGAUUAUUGAAGGGAAUCAAGUAACGUCGAGAAAUUUGCCAGGACCGGGAGGUCCGAACAAUACUGCUCCUUAUAUUUGA